GCUUCCGCUCGGGGCGGGGCUGGGUUCCCGGGGCUGGGUUUCCAGGGCCGGUCGGCGGCUGCUGCUGCGUCCGACCCCCGGGCGGCGCCAGUAUGGAGCUUGGGGGUCACUGGGACAUGAGCUCGGCCCCCAGGCUGGUCUCGGAGAUCGCAGAGCCGCAACAAGAGCGGAAGACAGGAACUGAGGCGGGGGCUGCCGACUCCGGUGCGGUCCGAACCCGCCGCUUCCAGCUCUGUCUCUACUUGGUAGGCUUCUUGGUGAGUGCGAGCGUGGGGCUGGGACCAAGUGCUGACUGUGUUCGGGCCUCGGGACCCAGGCGGUUCUUGGAGCUCUGGGGGAGCUCCCAGGGAGUGGGAACCCGCACUUCGCCUGGAUUUGUUUGGUGUCAGCAUGGUUGUGCCUUUAUUGAGCCUUCAUGUCAAGUCCCUUGGAGCAAGUCCAACCGUUGCUGGAAUAGUAGGCUCCUCCUAUGGCGUUUUGCAACUCUUUUCUAGCACGUUCGUGGGCUGCUGGAGCGAUGUGGUGGGAAAACGGUCUUCCUUGCUGGCGUGCAUUCUACUCAGUGCCCUGGGCUAUCUCCUUCUCGGAGCAGCCACCAACAUGUUCCUGUUUGUCCUGGCUAGAGUCCCGGCAGGUAUUUUUAAACACACACUGUCCAUCUCGAGGGCUCUGCUUUCUGAUGUGGUUCCAGAGAAGGAACGGCCGCUUGUAAUUGGACACUUCAACACAGCCUCCGGCGUGGGCUUCAUCUUGGGCCCCGUGGUCGGUGGCUAUCUCACUGAAUUAGAGGAUGGGUUUUAUCUCACAGCCUUCAUCUGCUUUUUGGUCUUCAUUCUCAAUGCCGGUCUCGUUUGGUUCUUUCCAUGGAGGGAAGCAAAACCGGGCAGUACAGAGAAGGGCUUGCCAUUGCAAAAGACCCACGUGCUGUUGGGAAGGAGCCAUGACGCAAUGCAGGAGGCAGCCACCAGCCGCGGAGCCAGGGCCAGCAAGAAGGCUGCCCGGCCCUGGGUCGAAGUGGGGUUGGCCUUGCGGAACAUGAAGAACCUACUGUUUUCCGAAAUGUGGGACAUAUUUCUGGUGCGCUUGCUGAUGGCCGUGGCAGUCAUGCUGUACUACAGUAACUUUGUCCUGGCCCUGGAGGAACGGUUUGGGGUGCGGCCCAAAGUGACAGGCUACCUCAUCAGUUACAGCAGCAUGCUGGGGGCCGUGGCCGGCCUUGCCCUAGGGCCGAUCCUGCGGCUAUACAAGCACAACUCGCAGGCACUGCUGCUGCAUUCCAGCAUGCUCACCUGCACACUGCUGCUGCUCUACUCCUUGGCCCCCACCAUGGGUGCAGUUGUCCUCUCCUCCACUCUCCUGUCCUUCUCCACUGCCAUCGGCAGGACGUGCAUCACGGACCUCCAGCUGACCGUGGGUGGGGCCCAGGCCAGCGGCACCCUCAUCGGCCUGGGGCAGUCUGUGACUGCGGUGGGCCGCAUCAUUGCCCCUCUCCUCUCGGGGGUCGCCCAGGAGGUCAGCCCUUGCGGCCCCCCAAGUCUGGGCGCUGCGUUAGCCUUAGUGGCCAUUUUCAUAAUGUCUCUAAACAAACCACACUCUAGUGGUGAUAGGAAUGGUAAAUUAAAAAGUGAGUAGAUGGAUUUGGACAACAUAAAGCAACAAAAUUUGAGGUGGUUGAAUGAGGGCCAGCUGCCAUGAUGAGAAGGUCACUUUGGGAAGGGUUGGGGUGGAAGGGAAAUAUUUCUGGGUGGGUGUGAGCUGUUGGGCUUCCAGGUCAGCCCUUGGCCAUGCAGCUAGGCCUGCAGGAUGAUCAGAAGUCACAGCAACUCAUGGGAAGAUUAAGACUGGAGUGAAGUUUUUCUAAGGCGAGCGUAUAUUCCACGUUUACCUGAAAGUCUCCUCUUCCCACCUGGGCUAAUGAGGUUACACUUUUCAAGGGUAAAGAAAACUACCAGCUACAGGGUAGGGAAGUGGUGGUGGAAUAAGAGAACAUGAUACAUGAAGGAAGGGAAGAAACCACAAGCAUUUUCCUACUAAAAAACGGGGUGACAUGUCAGUCAAAUUCUGAUCAACUGGAACUGGAGUUUUCAGUUAAAUUCCAUACACUAGGAGGGAGUUUUCUAUCAAAAUCCUGCAGAUUGAAGAAGCUGGUUUAUUAGAACCAGGCUUUCGCUUUUCAAAGCUGCUUAAAAAUCAGAUACUGACCUCCCCCCUAGAGAUGAUUCAGUGGGCCUGGGUGGGGCCAAGAAAUCCGUGGUGUUUCGUAAGCACCGCUGUCGAUUUCUCGUGGCGGUAAAAAGGACCACACUGAGACUGUACUGAUUUUGAUUAAAGUACAUAGGCUUGGCUGUUUUUACACAGCUAACUAAAUUGGAACUCUUAAAAUUGUGUUUAUCAUCACAAUGUGUUACCCCUCUCCCAGCUCUCAGCAGUUGUACUGCAUGAUGGAGCAGCGGGCCCUUGGGGCCUGUUCCCUGUGCUCCCUGCCUCUGCCAGCUUGCUCUGAAGUUGGACUAAACCACCUGGAUGCUGGGCCUGCCAGCCUGCUCCCGGAAGCCUGCAUUCCAGUCAGGUUGCAUCCUUCUGGGGCUGACAGAACCCAGUGGUGACGCCAAAGCACAGGAAUGCUUUUAAAAUGAACAAUUUAUGCAGAAUAAAGGUCAGGUGGCAUGCCAGACCAGAAGAACUUGAUGCUGCUGCAUCUUGUGUUAAGAAUCAUUUCCUUUAUUUUAUUUUUAGUUUGAUGCUUGCAAACACAAGCACUCUGUUGAUCAACAGGGAAAGAUUUGGAUGUGCCAUUUCUUGUCUAAACUGGAGUUUCAUAUACAGCGCCCAGGGGGCCACAAGAGGCAGAGGGCCAGACAGAAGGUGAACAUAGCCUUGCAGGGAGACAUGUGCCAGGCAGGACGAUCACUGGGAUUACAUCAAGUAUUCAUCAGAGUUACUUAAGGGCUUCCUCUCAGACAGUUAAAGUUCACAUUACUUUUCUCAAUUAGUCCACUAGGAUGUUAUGCCUGUUUUCAACUUGACACAUGCAUAAUUGUAAAUAUUUUAGUACACUACAGUCAUUUGUCAUAUCUUUCAUAUUUAUUGUUUUUGUAAAACAGUAAACAUUUCUGCAUUUUAGAAGUCAUGGAGUAAAAUCAAGUAUUUAUGAUAAAUAAUUGGAAGUAUGUUUUAGUUUGAAGAUUGUCCUUUUACCUAUCUUACUUCAAGGAAAAACGGACUUCUGAUUAGGUUUUACAAUUGUGAACUUUUAUGUAAAUGUUAGGUGCUUUUGAGGCGACCAAACUAUUAUUAAUAUAUAAAAUGACCUUGCCCUUAAGGAGCAAACUAAAUGUCAUGGAGAUUCGACUCAAAAGGCAAUGAAUGAUCAAGGGUUUAUGCAAUGAAAUAGAAUUUCAGAAGAGUUUGGAUCUCAAAGAUUGUCCUUCACUCUUAGAAAUAGGCAAGUUUCUUAAAAGCCCUUAUAGCCGUGUUUUUAUUUUAAACAUCAUAGCACUUUAUUUUUGAAGUUUAAAAAGCCCAUAAACGUAAUGAGUCUUUAUAAUCAGACACAUAGAAAUAUUGAAAACCAAAGACUGAUCUUAGAAUACAGAAUAGAGAGACAUGUUUGUUAUUCUCCACUAGUGACUUGAGUAUUUUGUUAGGUGCUGUUUUUUAGGUACACCUUUUCUCAUGACUCCUUUUACGUUAAAGUGUGACCCAGAGACCAGGAGCAUCAGCAUCACCUGGGAGCUUGUGAGACCUGUGAACACUGAAGCUCCAGGUCAGACGUGUUGGGGACCAUUUUAAUAAGAUACCCAGCUGAUUUUUUUUGCACAGUAAACUUUGAAAACCCCUGGUCUAAUGGGUAGCAUUUGUAUCACUUAUGGAAUAUAAUCUCAGGGAAAUUAAAUCUGCUCAAUUAACA